GUGUGGUUGGGCUUUUGGUUUCUUUACGGUAAGGUGGACCUGCACUGUCAGCACAGGCAGAUGUCAGGUGAUCCACCGACUAUUGCGCGUAGGUUGGACUGUAAGAAAACACAAAAUGACAUUUUGUAAAUACAAGAGCAUCAUUUUGGGAUUACGCGUGGCUGGAAAAUGCACCGUGUGCUGUCAGCUCAUGUGAUGAUGCGCUAAAUCACUGGGAAUAGAGCGUUUGUUGUGUAUUUAUGAUCAAAUAUCAGCCGUGAGCGCCUGGCCACAUCAUGGGGCUGUGUUACAGUCUGCGUCCCCGCUUGUUUGGGGACCUCAGUGGAUCCAUUUCCAACGCCAACUCGGAGUCAGACCACCAGCCUCCGGAUCCCGGGAUGAUGAUGAUGCCUUCGUGCGUCCGGGGCUCCAGGCAGCACGACGAGGACUCUGGGGGAAACAGCGGCAAGACAUCAUCCACCUCCCCUUUACGCGCCGGGGACGCCGGCAAGAUCCCGGCCGGGGAGCUCCGCCGUGGCGACGCGGACAGAGCGCUCAUCCAGAACGGAGGAGGAGGAGGUGGAGGUGGAGGAAAGAGGAGGCUCCAGCUGCUCCAGACUCCCAGCAGCGCCCAGAAACACAAGAACUGGGACAAACUGGUGGUGGUCGAGGAGAAGGAGGCCGAGAAGGAGGCCAAGAAAGUCAGUAAGAACAUUGACAGGGCCUUGAAGGAACUCAAACGGGAAUAUAAACAGACUCAUCGGCUGCUGCUCUUAGGUGCUGGGGAGUCGGGGAAAAGCACUAUCGUGAAGCAGAUGAGAAUUCUUCACGUCAACGGGUUUAAUGCGGAGGAGAAGAAACAGAAAAUCCAAGACAUUCGCAAAAAUGUGAAGGAUGCCAUCGUGACCAUAGUGUCUGCAAUGAGCACUUUAAUACCACCCGUCCCACUCGCUAAUCCGGAGGACCAGUUUAGGAUCGACUAUAUCAAAAGCAUAGCGCCGCUCUCUGACUUUGAUUAUACACAGGAGUUUUUCGAUCAUGCGAAGAAGCUCUGGGAUGAUGAAGGCGUAAAGGCGUGUUACGAACGCUCCAACGAAUAUCAGCUAAUCGACUGUGCGCAUUACUUUCUUGACCGGAUUGAUGCAGUAAGACAAAGCGACUAUACUCCAACAGACCAGGACUUGCUUCGUUGCAGAGUGUUAACAUCAGGGAUUUUUGAGACGCGAUUUCAAGUAGACAAAGUCAACUUUCAUAUGUUUGAUGUGGGAGGUCAGAGAGACGAAAGAAGAAAAUGGAUUCAGUGUUUUAAUGACGUCACAGCGAUCAUCUUUGUGGUAGCGAGCAGCAGCUAUAACAUGGUCUUAAGGGAAGACAACAACACGAACAGGCUACGGGAAGCACUUGCUCUUUUUCGCAGUAUCUGGAACAACAGAUGGUUACGGACAAUUUCUGUCAUAUUGUUCCUAAACAAACAAGACAUGCUGGCAGAGAAAGUAUUAGCUGGGAAAUCCAAAAUUGAAGAUUAUUUCCCUGAAUAUGCUUCUUACACCUUACCUGAUAAAGUAACUCCUGAACCCGGUGAAGACCCCAGAGUGACAAGAGCCAAGUAUUUCAUUCGUGACGAGUUUUUGAGGAUCAGUACAGAAAGCGGAGACGGCCGUCACUACUGUUACCCCCAUUUUACAUGUGCGGUGGACACGGAAAACAUCCGUCGGGUCUUCAACGACUGCCGAGACAUCAUCCAGAGAAUGCACCUGCGGCAGUACGAACUCUUGUGAUCUCACUUCGACUCUUUACGAACGUGUCUCCAAACUCCCCCUGCCCUCACAACUCACGAGGCCAAAACCGCAGACGAAUAUACUACUGACGUUUGGCGCACCACCCUUCGGUUUUUAGGUGUUUAUUAUUUUAACUCGCGUGGAUUCGGGACGGAGAGGCUCGCUGGGUUUUUUCCCGCCCCCCCAACCGUUUUUAUUUGGAUUGCCUUUAUUUUUGCCAUUCCAUGAAGCCUCUGGCUACCUCCUUAUUUUUUAUUCAAACAAAAAAUGAUAUCGUGUAUAUAUGUAUACGUGCUGGCGCCUGCCAGAAUAUGAAGAUCGCAUCACCUUGUGACCUCCAGGAGUCCUAGUCACGCACCCCGAACCUUGAUCUUCUGGCCUCCAGGGCUCUCUGCUGCUCUUUCCGUUUCCGAACACUGAAGAUCGCCCGCGGACAGAAGCGGGGACGGGGUGGCGGGCCGGGGGUUGUCGAACACUGGGAAAGCGAAGUGAAGUAAUGCACUUUUCCAUCAGGUUUUGACUGACGUUUUUCUUUACGAAGAUGGACACACAAUGUAGCAUCACAUCAUGAAUUUCUGUCCAACUUACGGACAGAAAACGGCGGGCGUGCAUAAAACCACGGCCCUUUUUAUGUGAAAGAGGCGGAGCCUUGACAUGAGGAGGACGAGGGGCUCUGUGAAAAGGCGGAGCCUUUGAAAUGAGGAGGAGGAGGGGCUAUGGGAACAUUGCUGAAGCCUCACUUUGGUUUUGGGAACAUGAUGGUGAAACAUCCACGAAAAGAAAUGCCCCAUUUCUUAUUUUAGUUUCUUAACUUGUACAGACUGUGCAAGGGUGAAUUUUUUUUUUUUUCCUUUCCUGUACAGACUAUAAAAUGUUAUAUUAUUUUGUACAACUUUAUUGAAAGAGAGUAAAAAAUCUACUUGUAGAUCUUUGUGCCUUGAUUAUGGCUGUACCUGUAAAUGAAGCUGAUACAUAUGUUUUUGACUGCGCUGUACAGCUUGAUGUCACCCCCUGUCGGCAGAAGGGACUGUGGAUGGGGACCUACUCUGUAGAGUUUAGUUUCUUUUUUUCGGUUUUUCUGCUUUGUUUAUAUAAAAAGAGAAAAAGUUCUUUAUUAAAAAAAAAAAAAAAUAUAGGAAAGAAAAA